CUCCGGUGGCCUUCGGCCGGCGGGCGGUUCCGCAGCUGUUCGAGGAGCUGCAGCAGCCGGAGGAGGAGCGCAGACAGCGGGCUCUCAACUCUCUGUGCGACCUGAUGCACGACCCGGAGCGGAUCUACCAGACUGUUAACGGCGGUUUUCUGGAGCAG